GCCUCAUUGGUCAUUACAUAGCCAUUAGAUAGAAGUGACUAGUGGAGAGAGAAACUUGGAAAUAAUUCCUGGGUUUUUCGGGUGAUUUGAGAAGUAGGGCUGGUUUUUGUGUGGUUGGAGAAGCUACCACAAUUUUGUUCUCAUAUUGUUUCACUGGGAUUUUGGGAGGGUUUAAGGGCUUAAGAAAAAGGCAGGAGAGUAGGAGGCGAGGAGAAAAGCAAAAGACGUGGUCUUUCUCAAAUACACAGAUCCCUAUGGAAUGCUGGGGUGCUCCCCAGCAUUGCUUGCUGGAAUUCAUUCUUUUUGUUUAGUUUAAAGGGACCUGUUUUGUUCUCUUUGGAGAGAGAGAAGUGAGAGAAGAGAGAGGGUGUGGGGGAGUGCAUAGAUUCAAGAGUUUGGGCUGGUAGAUAUAUUUCUUCUAUAAGCUCUGCAGCUAGACAACAAAAAACCAAGUUUUCAGAUGGAGAGAUGCAAGAGAUUUUGAAAUGAUUAGUUUAUUUUCUCCCCAAUGAUUGAGUUGCCUUGCACCCGGAGAUACUGCUGAGAAUAUUUCAACUAAGAAAAGGAGGAAGAUGAAGUCUAUGAAUGAUAAUAACAAUGGCAGCAAUAAUAACUGGUUGGGUUUCUCGCUCUCGCCACAUAUGAAAAUGGAGGUUGCUUCAGACCCUCAGUACCAUCAUCAAACCCAGCCUGCUGCUGCCGCUGUUUCCAGUGCUGUCCCAACAAGUUUCUUUCUCUCUCCUCAUCUCAACAGCUCCGCAAUCUACUAUGGUGUUGGAGAAAAUGGCGCUUUUCACUCACACUUGUCCGUAAUGCCACUCAAGUCUGAUGGGUCUCUUUGUAUCAUGGAGGCUCUCAGUAGAUCACAGCAAGAAGGGAUGGUGCCAACCUCAUCACCAAAACUGGAGGACUUCUUAGGUAGUGCAACCAUGGCAACCCAUCAGUACGGGGGCCAUGAAAGAGAAGCAAUGGCUCUCAGCUUAGACAGCAUGUAUUAUCACCAAAAUGCGGAACCUGAAACCAGUAGGCAACAUUCUCUAAACCUUCUUCAGGAAUCCUUUAGGCAACAAGGUCAGCAACAAAUUCCAGUUCAACACCACCCAUAUUUCACUGGACUUGCCUGCAAUGGGAUUUACCAGAACCCAUUAGAAGAAGAAACAAAGGAAACCCAACUUGCAGAUUGCCAUACCCAGAUCCCUCCUAUGGGGGAGGAUGGAAUGCCUUGCCUGAAAAACUGGGUUGCAAGGCACUACUCGACUCACCAUGCACUAGAGCAGCAGAUGAACAACAGCAUCGUUGAUGACGGAGGAGCUCCUGGGUCUAUUGGAGCUAUGGGUUGUGGGGAUUUACAGUCUCUCAGCUUGUCCAUGAGCCCCGGUUCUCAGUCAAGCUGUGUGACAGCUCCAAGACAGAUCUCGCCUACCGGAGCUGAGUGUGUGGCCAUGGAAACAAAGAAAAGGGGGUCCGGAAAAGUUGCACAAAAGCAACCAGUUCAUAGGAAGUCCAUUGACACAUUUGGGCAGAGGACUUCACAAUAUAGAGGAGUUACAAGGCAUAGAUGGACUGGUAGAUAUGAAGCCCAUCUUUGGGAUAAUAGUUGCAAGAAGGAGGGGCAGACUAGGAAAGGAAGACAAGUUUAUCUGGGGGGGUAUGAUAUGGAAGAGAAAGCUGCAAGAGCUUACGAUCUGGCGGCCCUCAAAUACUGGGGACCUUCUACUCAUAUCAACUUCCCGUUAGAAAAUUACCAAGAAGAACUCGAAGAAAUGAAGAACAUGAGCCGCCAGGAAUAUGUUGCUCAUCUGAGAAGGAAAAGCAGUGGAUUCUCAAGAGGGGCUUCAAUGUAUAGAGGAGUGACAAGGCAUCAUCAACAUGGAAGAUGGCAGGCUCGGAUUGGGAGGGUUGCUGGAAACAAGGACCUUUAUCUCGGGACAUUCAGUACCCAAGAGGAAGCAGCUGAAGCUUAUGAUGUUGCUGCUAUUAAGUUCCGAGGGGUAAAUGCAGUCACCAACUUUGAUAUUACACGAUAUGAUGUGGAAAGAAUCACAGCCAGCAAUACUUUGAUUGCUGGAGAGCUUGCAAAGCGAAGCAAAGGGAAAGAACCAAGCCGGGAGGCCAUUGAUUACAACCCACCUCAGAACAGUGGGGAGGCUAUUCAAUCUGAAAGUAACAAUGGGAAUGGUACAGACUGGAAGAUGGCUCUAUACCAGUCCCCCCAGCAGCAGCCAAGUAGUUGUGUGGAAUCACUUGAACAGAAACCAAUGAGCAUUGGAGGGUACAGGACCACCUCUUUUUCAAUGGCAUUGCAAGAUCUUAUUGGGAUUGAUUCAGUGAACACAAGCCAGCCCAUUGGGGAUGAAUCGACCAAACUAGGGACGCACUUUUCCAAUCCAUCGUCCUUGGUGACCAGCUUGAGCAGCUCAAGAGAAGCUAGCCCAGAUAAAACUGGCCCUGCAAUGCUGUUUGCAAAGCCUCCAUUAGCAUCAAAAUUGAUGGGGCCUGCAAGCGCACUCAGUUCAUGGAUCCCAACAUCCCAGCUGAGGACUGCUGCAGUUUCCAUGGCUCACUUGCCCCUUUUUGCUGCUUGGAAUGAUACCUAAAGCUUCAUUGUAAUAAACAUGUAAAGUUUUGCAUGGACAAGGGGGAAAGAAAAUCGUGGUGUUGAGGGGUGGAAGGGGGGGAUUGGUAAAAAGAAAUUUACUUUAGUUUUCUCUUUUCCUAUGGUAUUAGUGAAUGAAAAAGACAAGGGUAGGGGCCAGUAAUCUGUCUGUAACCAAAGUGUUAGCAACUUUUUCAGACUCAACCUUUUGGCUCAUAUUGGAAUGAAGAUUUUGCAAAAUGGAGGGAUGGGUUUAGAGGGACUAA